AGAAACUUAAGCAAAGAUGGUCACUGUUCCAGGAGGGGUGUUCACAAUGGGCACUGAUGAGCCUGAAAUACAGCAAGAUGGAGAAUGGCCUGCUAGAAGAGUCCAUGUUAGCAGUUUCUACAUGGAUCAGUAUGAGGUCAGCAAUGAGGACUUUGAGAUGUUUGUGAAUUCAACUGGAUAUGUUACUGAGGUUGCAGCUGCUCCUUGGUGGUUGCCUGUGAAGGGAGCCAAUUGGAAACACCCUGAAGGUCCUGACUCUAGUAUCUUAAAGAGAAUGGAUCAUCCAGUUCUUCAUGUUUCCUGGAAUGAUGCUCUAGCUUUUUGCACAUGGGCAGGAAAACGAUUACCAACUGAGGCUGAAUGGGAAUAUAGCUGCCGAGGGGGCCUUGAAAAUAGGCUUUUCCCGUGGGGCAACAAGCUUCAGCCAAAAGGUCAGCAUUAUGUCAACAUCUGGCAGGGAGUGUUCCCAACCAAUAACACUGCAGAGGAUGGAUACAAAGGAACUGCACCUGUCACUGCAUUUCCUCCUAAUGGAUAUGGCUUAUACAACAUUGUAGGAAAUGCCUGGGAAUGGACUUCUGACUGGUGGGCUGUUCAUCAUUCAGCAGACGAAGCUCACAAUCCUAAAGGGCCCUCAUCGGGGACUGACAAAGUGAAGAAGGGUGGAUCCUAUAUGUGCCAUAAGUCCUAUUGCUAUAGGUAUCGCUGUGCAGCCCGUAGUCAAAACACUCCUGAUAGCUCUGCUUCGAAUCUGGGUUUCCGCUGUGCAGCAGACACCUUGCCAGAUUUGCAGUGACCAAAUUUGCUUGCACACUGAGACACAAGGGACUGAAUUUCACCCAAGGAAGAAGAAAUGCAUGGAAUCUCACUUGCUGAUGAGACAGAAUGGAAAAAAUCUAAGGCUUCAAGUUUCUGGAAAAGAAAAAUCCAAAACAAAUCAAUAUUACUUGAAGAAACUUCAUGUAUUUAUUUUUGUGGAACCUGGCUUGGAUUUUUAUCUUGACUGAACUUUUUAUCAGUGAAUUCUGUUGGUUUCAGUGGGACUAUUCCAGAAUUACACUAACUCAAAAUUGAGGAGAAACAUGCUGCUUCUGUUUUGAAGAAUAAUUCUACUUAGUAUCUCCUUUAGAAAAAAAUCUUUAUUGAAUAAAUAGCUUCAUUUACUUAGUUUGAAUUUCCACACUCAAAAUACCAUAACAAGGACUUUACAAGCUUCUAGACAGCUUUAAAAAAAAAACUUAAGCAGCUACCAAAGCAAUAAACGUGCUUUAGGUGGCAUUAAUUGUCCAUUGUAAGAGGAGGUCUUUCUUCCAGUCUUCACAACUACCAAAACAUGGGCCGUUAGUGUAGCAACUUCUAUUGCAUUCCUGUUGCACUGAAAAUCAUGUCCCGAAAUGUACUUUUUCCUGGUGAGAUACUUGCUCUUUAGAAAGUGCCUUCUGCAGCUGAGGGUUGGCAAUCUUCUUAGUGAAUGAUGAUAGUGUUGUACAUAUUUCAAUAAAAUAUCAAGCAUUUAUUUAUGCUGGAGACCUUUAUUGAAUUUAAAAAAAGCUAGCACCUUCCUCUGAAUUUCUCUUAGACACUGUAGGCUUAUUUUGGGGACUUGAAGAUAAUCACCAAAAUGGCUCCAUUAGAAACUGGGGCCAACAAAUGGCUCUACUUGAAUGGAAGGUUUUAAAAGUGGAGAGAUGGGAAAUGUAACUAAUCGUGUAAAUUCUGAAACUGUCUCUAAGCUUUACACAAACAAACAAGAAAACCCACAAAAAAUUGUAAAGCUUUACAGAGGAGGGGAGGAAGAAAGAAUACUGAGAGCUACCUCAUUUUGGGAUCUGAAUGCGUGUGAGCCCUUCGACAAAAUAUUUUGCACCGCCACUCACUAUAGGACAUGCUGUCUGGAUAUACUGCUAUGCCAGAUAAUUGCUUGCUUUAACUGGAGACUGAGAAAGAAAUUUUGUGUACCAAGCUCUGAACCAGAAUUACCCUCCUUCCAAACUUGUAGUUUGCUGUGUUGCUGACCUCUGACGGGCCUCUUAACUGCCUAGGUAUAGAACAGGGAUGGAUUUGGCCGUCUUUUCAGCUGCUUUGAGAUCUAACAUUGAAAAUAUGUGAUGUAUUAAUAGAAUAGUUGCGUUAUUGUCACUAACUCUUGCACCUUUGCUUUAUCCUUAUUUAAAGUCAGUCAGGUUGGGGUCAAUACAAAUACCUUGCUUACCAACCGCUUCUCCACUUAGCGCAUCAUGUUGAAAGAGAGGUACUAGAUAGAGAAUGCUGAGGAAGCCCUUUCACAAACAUCAGCCUCUAUUAGGGAGCUAAAGUUUUUAGUGGCAGAAAAAUUUGAUUCCAGAAUACACCACUUUGAGUGAGCUUGCCAAGUUUUAACACAUCAUGCAAUCACAUGAGCAUAUUAAAAGUUAUGGUAGAUCUUUUGUAUGGUAAAGGCUGAAUCACCAGCACUAAAAGUUUUAAUUAAAGUAGAUGUUUUAAUACCUAUAUUUUAUUAAGAUAAUAGGGGAAGAAUUUUAUCUCUAACUUUCUAAAAGGCUUAUUUCUGCCACAAGAGGGAAUAUACUUUAUUAUAAAGACUUUGCUUAGAGUUGGUUUUUUUUUUUUUUCCUAUUCUGGAAAAAAACCCUGGAAAAAUCUUAUGGCUUUAUCCUAAAAACAGCUUUAGUGAUGCUGCACUACACGGAUCAGUUAUGUCAGUCAAGACUUACUGUGCUGUGGGUAGUAUGUGGAGGAAAGCCUUCCUAGUCUUCCACUGAGAUUGUUUACUAUGUUCCAAUCAUGCUGCUCAUGUUUGAAUUAUGAUUACUUUAUGUUCUGGUACAAAAUCUUUCAUUAAACUUCUUGAAUUUCA